AUGGAGCUGCGGAUCAAAAUGGGUCUCUUUCGCUUAAAGAUGGGUGAGGAGCACCAUGAAGAAGCACUGCAUCAUUUCGAAUGGUUAAAUCCAGAUGACACUUCAGAGAAUGCCCGCAUUUUUGACUACGGCGAUCUUUUCAGAGAGGUUGCUGAUGCCUUGCAGAACGUUGGCUUGUUUCAAGAGGCCUUUAGGUUUUACACACCGAUUCAACAAACCACUGAACAUGCGGACCUCGGCUAUUUCAUGGCAAUGGCGAACUGUUGCGUGGCGUUGGGCAAAAUGGAAGAUGCAGAAGCUUACUAUCUUACGGUGGCUGAAAACGACCCAAGGCACAUGGAAUGCCGUGUCAGACUGGCGACUCUCUACGAGGGUGACUUUGGCAUGAAUGACGAGGCCCUGAAGUAUAUCAACGAAGCCCUGUUGAUUGGUCGACAGGAGGGCAGAGCUCGGAGAAGGAAGCGAGAUGACAAUAGGCUUGAGCAGCUCGCUAUUGAGUUCCAAAAGGCCCCUCGCUCACCACUGACCGGACCCGAACAGACAGGAAAUGGAGAUCGUUCCCAGAUUGCACAGAGAAGAACAGACGACAUCCGAUUCCUGUUCGAUAAAUUGAAGGAUCUUCAUCCCUUCAUCAAAGAAGGCAACUCCGAUGUGAUCGAAGAUUGGCUUGAUAUCGCUGAUGCUCUUUUGCGAGAUUUCAGGACUAACCGAAUUUUCUAUCCUAUGGCCCGGACGAUGGAAUUUCAGGGAUACACUGGCGACUCACAACGAAAGGGCAAAAAAGCUCGUACAUUGCUCGAUGAAGCGCAAGAGAUAGCCGUACGUUUACAAAAAGCAAUGGGCGACGGUACUACCGAGGAGGACUGGUCGGAUACCAUUCCAACCGAUUACCAUGGCAUUCCCUUCGAUGAAUGGCUCGACAUAUUCCUCGAGUAUUCUCUUCUUACGACCAAGCAGGGUGAUCCAGAAGAAGCAUACGAUGCACUAGAUGGAGCAGCAACUGCAAGCAUUUGGUUUCAUUCCAAACCAAAGUCUCGAUUGAUCCACACCUGCUGGUUUACCUGUGCACUUCAUGCCCAAGACGAAGAAGCUCUCGCUGGCGAGGCUCGGUGGUUCAUGAAGGAAUACCAGUUUGUGACAGAUACCUAUCGCUUAUUCGCAAUGCUGAGCAACCUGGCUGGCGAUCCCCACAAAUCUCUAUUCCACUCUUCCCCAAACAUGAAAUUCAUGCUUCGUCAGAUCAAAGCUAUGGACUUCACCAUACCGGGAGAUACCUCAAAGCCCCAGCCUCGACAGUCUAUUUGGAAAGAACGUGCUGCCCUAUCUACAAAAAAUGAUGCCGGCGAACUCAUCCCGGCCGAGGAACUGGAUGUCGCCCUCCUCGUACUCUACGGCCAUAUUCUUUAUUCCGGAAACAGCUUUUACCCGGCUCUGAACUACUUUUUCCGUGCAUACGCUCUGGACGACAAAAACCCAGCCGUCCUUCUCUCCAUUGGACUAUGCUUCAUCCAUCACUCUAUCAAACGACAGGCUGAAAAUAGGCACUACCUCAUCAUGCAAGGCCUGUCCUUCAUGGACGAAUAUCGUCGCGUUCGUGAGAAACCUGAGACUCCUUUGCAGGAGAAGCAAGAAAUGGAGUUCAACUUUGCACGUGUGUGGCACAGCCUCGGAUUGCUUCAUUUGGCAAUCAAUGGAUACCAAAAGGUCCUCGGCCUCGGCGAGAAAAUCCAAAAAGAAAACCAGCGGUUGGUCGAGAAUCAUGCGGAUGGCGGUGGUGACGACGAUACGGUGAUGGGCGAGGCAGAUGCAGCUCCCCGAGACUCUUCGCAAGAGCCACGGCGCUUUAUUGAGGACUUUUCUUCCGAAGCUGCCUAUGCCCUGCAGUGUAUUCAUGUUCUCAGCGGAGAUUCGAAGACCGCAAAGGGUAUUACCGACCAAUGGCUUGUUGUUUGA